UUCCAAUUCAUAAAGAACAAUUCUUGACCCCACAAGUUUCCCCGCGCUUCUAUCGUUCAAGUACCGUCCUGUACUUACACCGAUAGCUGUACCUGUAUCUUGACCUUCGAUAUACCGGAAGCAACAACAACAAUGGCACCAGGUGCAAUUCAGAACGGCGCUGCGGCCGCCAACAAUGGCACUGCAUUGAAGCCCACGGCGCGCGCUUUCCACCCAACAGGCACUCCAGACGCCUCCAAGUAUCAUGCCACAUCGUCGCAAGAAGCCUACACCGAUGAGCACCACUACGCCGCACACAACUACCACCCACUGCCCAUUGUAUUCUCUCGAGCAAGCGGAGUCUCAGUGUGGGAUCCCGAAGGCAAACACUACCUCGAUUUCCUCUCCGCAUACAGCGCUGUGAACCAAGGCCAUUGCCACCCCGAGCUAGUCAAGGCAUUGACUGAGCAGGCAUCGCGAUUGACUCUCAGCAGUCGCGCAUUCUACAACGAUGUCUUCCCACGCUUCGCCAAGUAUGUCACCGAGACUCUCGGCUUCGACAUGGUCUUGCCCAUGAAUACGGGAGCUGAAGCUGUCGAGACUGCCGUGAAGAUUGCGCGGAAAUGGGGAUACAAGGUGAAGGGAAUUCCGCACAACGAAGCUCUAGUUUUCUCUGUGCAAGAGAACUUCCACGGACGAACAUUCGCCGCCAUUACCAUGUCGACUGACCCAGAGUCCCGUGACAACUAUGGCCCGUACCUCCCCAACAUCGGAAGUGUAAACCCAUCCACUGGUAAGGAGAUCAGGUACAACAACGUCGAUGACGUGCGUGAGUUGCUUGAACAGCACGGCAAGAAUACCGCUGCUUUCCUCGUGGAGCCAAUCCAGGGCGAGGCUGGUAUUGUCGUGCCCGACGAUAGCUACCUCCGUGAAGUCAAGGCAUUGUGCGAGAAGCACAACGUCCUUCUCAUCUGUGACGAGAUCCAGACCGGAAUCGCGCGUACCGGUAAGAUGCUCUGCCACGAAUGGAGCGGGAUCAAGCCAGACCUCGUUCUCCUCGGAAAGGCUAUCUCGGGCGGAAUGUACCCAGUCUCUUGCGUUCUCGGUGCGAAGGAGGUCAUGCUUACCAUUGAACCCGGUACCCAUGGCUCGACCUACGGUGGCAACCCGCUGGGCUCUGCAGUGGCCAUUCGGGCAUUGGAACUCAUCCAGGAGGAGAAUAUGGUUGAACGUGCCGAGAAGGCCGGUCAACUCUUCCGCGAUGGACUGAAGAAGAUCAACAAUCCAAUGAUCCAAACGAUCCGCGGCAAGGGCCUUUUGAACGCCAUCGUCAUUGACGAAAGCCUUACCAAUGGUCAUAGUGCUUGGGAUCUCUGCAUGCUCUUCAAGGAGAAGGGUUUACUGGCAAAACCAACCCACCAGAACAUCAUUCGUCUGGCACCUCCACUGGUCAUUACCGACGAGCAAAUCGAAUCAGCUCUCUCGAUCAUCAAGGAGGCUAUCGAGGAACUACCCAGCCUCAAGGGUAAAAGGGAGGAGGAAGUGUUGCCAGCCGGCGAGAAGAACGUCCACAUUGGUGUGGAUAACUGAACAUUUCCUCUUCGAAUAUGUUUCUCAUGAUCAGGUCUUACUUUACGAUAGUAUUGGCGUUUCGGGGCUUGAGGUAAUCAUAUGAUG